ACAGAGUAAAGAGGCAGGCAGGGCUAAGUCUAUUCUCUGAUAUCCACCAAUUUUUGACAGGAAUUAAACCAUUUCGUAAGUAUGAAAUGUAGUGUUUUGUGUUAUUAAAUAUCUAAUAUUAUAAUAUAUUUUCUUAUAAACAGGCAAUUUACCGUGGAUAGGGUGAAAAGGAAAAUAAAUGUUAACUUUAAACAAAAUAAUUAAAAAUUAUCAGUGGUGAGUUAGGUAUUAUGGAUCCAUUUCAGCUUUAAGUUUUCUAAGACUGUAACAUAUCAUAUUAAUAUGAUAUUGUGUAUCAACACGUCGGUUCCCAAGACACUUUUUAUAAUAGAAUAAUUACUGCUUCUUAUUUUAUUUCAAACAUUGUGGUUUUUGUUCAAGUUUUCAAAUACGAUAGUCAGCAACUUGUAUCCAAUUCUGCUAUUCUAGCAAUUGUAAUAACUUAAAAAAAAAAAAAAAAUCAACUUUAAACAAAUGUUGAGUCUCUAAAUAUCCUAGACGGUUUCUCAGUUUAGUAAGAAGAAAAUGUUACCAACUUUAUGAAUAAUUACUGCUUCUUAUUUUAUUUCAAACAUUGUGGUUUUUGUUCAAGUUUUCAAAUACGAUAGUCAGCAACUUGUAUCCAAUUCUGCUAUUCUAGCAAUUGUAAUAACUUAAAAAAAAAAAAAAAUCAACUUUAAACAAAUGUUGAGUCUCUAAAUAUCCUAGACGGUUUCUCAGUUUAGUAAGAAGAAAAUGUUACCAACUUUAUGAAAUUGAUGAAUAGCCAGAACACAAUCAAAUAGCUAGGUGAAUACUAUGAUCAUAAAAGUGAAUGAGGAUCGUAAUAGUAUCCGUUCUUUCAAGAAUUAACUCUCUUAAGUAUCCAGUCUCUCGUAAUCGUAUCCAAUCUCUCAUAUACAAUAUCUUAAGUAUUUACUCUCUCAAAUGUUUGGGGUUUGUUUUGAUGCUAUCAUCUACUUGUUUUAAACUACACUUACCAUGUAUCUGGUGUUGACUUGAUUCACCACUAAUGCGGUUGAAAAUGUGCCUUCUACAGCUUCAUUAAACGCAUUUAUUUUGUAGUAGCUAUUUCUACCCAGUAGAGUAUGUCGCCUACAUAUGCCUGGUACUGCAAUGGUUUUUAUAUAUGUUCUCUGAAAAUAGAUUGUUAUCGUUCAACUGGUGCUGAAAUGUAUACUUCAAACACAGUUUUAUGGGUGUAAAGUUAGCGAGUCCCAUUUUAAGUCAUGUGUGUCAUUUAACUAUUCCUAGUAAUUUGUGUCAGUAAAUAGUUUAAUAUAAAAAAAGGUUUUGCAUAAUUAAGAGAGAAUAUGUUCCUAUUUUAAUGUAAUGGAAUUCUACUUAGAUUUAAAUACUGAGUUUCUUUUCUUGUUUACGAUAUGUGGAUACAGGUGGCUCUAUAGGAACUGUCGGCCCAUUGAUCAAUAUAAAGUGAAUUAUUAAACACAAAACAUGGGUGCUGCCGAUUCAAAAUUAAAUCUUCUUCUCAUUGGCAAAACCGGAAGUGGAAAAAGCUCUUCAGGAAAUGCCAUCGCUGGGGAGCAAGUGUAUGAAACAUUCAGUACAUCCACAUCCUGCACACGGCGUGUGAAAUCUUGCAAUAAAUUUAGAUGGGGAAGACAGUUAACUCUGGUUGAUACUCCAGGACUUAUGGAUACCUCAAUGAAUGAUAAUGAAAUCGAACAAUGCUAUUUCGCCAGGAGAGUCAUACAAGACGCGUUCAAAAUACCAGAAACAGGAUUUCAUGCAAUUAUAAUUGUAUUGAAUUAUAUUGAGAGAUAUUCCAAUGAAGACAUACGCGUAACAAACAUGUUAAAAGAGAUUUUUGGUACUAAUUUGUAUAGAUUCACAAUUUUAUUAUUUACACAUGGCGAUAAUUUUGACCAAGAAUAUCGUACUCAAGAUAAUGCUAGAGCAAGCAAAAAGCGUUUCGCGGAAUGGUGCGAUGAAACACAGGGUGAUCUCAGAGUAUUACUCCAGCAAUGCAAUUUUAGAGCAGUAUUAUUCCAUAAUAACCCUAGUUACCGUGGAGACAGAGAUGUAGAGUUCUUAGAGUUAUUGAGACACGCCGAAUGUAUUAAACGGUCAAAUAAGGAAUACACAAAAUCGAAUUUUGCUGGGGCUCAAAGAACCAGAGAUAAAUUAAUUUUGACGACAUGUCUCGCAGAGCUGAAAGCUAAAAUCAAUUCAGAGUUACGAACACUAAGACACGACUUUGAGCUCAUGAGGUCACAGCGAGGAAUAAUUAUUGAAAGAGCUAAUGAGGUCUUUGCGGCUCUCUCAAAUAACAAUGUAACACCAUUUCCUAAUUCGAGUCAAGUUUUUAAUGCAGUCACUAAUUUGGUCACUAACUUUAACGACAACCUCACAAAUGGAGAGAAGUUCAAUAUCUUAAAUCAGCUGCAGACAAUCAUUGACUGUCCAAGCCUUCAGAAACUGAAGCUACUAAGUCAAGAUGUUGAAAUACUUCUGAGUCCGGAGAAACACAAAUUUCAGUUAAGAAGAAGAAUAAACGAACUGUUACAGCACAUCGAAGAGGAAGCACAUGGCACUGACAUGCUAGAGGAUGAGAAGGAGAUGGUGACAUUCUUUCUGUCUGAGGUUGUGUCAUUUGACAUUACCGCUACGACAACCAUUGAGAUACACAACUAAGUAAGUUUAAGAAUUGACUUCCAUGUAACUUGAGUGAUGUUUUUGGGAGUGAAGGAAAAUUUGAAAUCAAAUCAGUUUACCAUUCUUUCAAGAAAAACAAAUUAUAUUCAGCAACUAAAAUAUAAACAGUUUUAUAAAACUGAAUUCUUCAAACAUUUGAAAUAUUUUAUCAUUUCAGUCUGCCAUUAAAGUUAUCAAAUUUAAAUAAAUGUUUUUGAUGUUGCAAAAUGUCACAGUUUUUUUUUUGUCUCCUUCAUUUUUCAGUGAAAUGCAAGAGUACAGAUGUAUAGUGUCAUCACUUUUUAAAAAAAAUGGACAAGAUGCAUUUGGACAAGUAGAUAACUAGACACACGUAUAUCCGGACAUUAUGAAAUCUGAACUUUGUUACGUCUGGACAUGAUUGCGUCUGGAUUUUUUGAGGUCUAGAAAUGAUGACAUCUGAACAUGAUGAGAUUUGAACAUGAAAACAUGUAAACUUGAUAACAUCUGGAUACGUUGACAUGUGCACCCUGUGACUUCUAAAUGUAACAAACAAAUCAAAUGUCGUAUUGAGACAUUUAUUUAAAAUAUUAUUUUAAGUUUAAGCUUAACUUGUAAACAUUUGCAAAUAGAUUCAAUAAUUAAUCGUUACAUUACGAAUAAUAAUGUUUUUUGUGUGUUUAUAAAAUUGUUAAGUUAUUUUUUUAAUAAUAAUUUAUGAAAAGCUGUAAUUUCAUAUUAGUUUACAAAUUAUGUUGUGUUUACACUAAAAAUGACUUGAUAAAGUC